GGAGGCUCUCGCGUACAGUCCAGGACCGUCUGACCUCUAUUCAGACCUUGCGAGUCUUCCAGCCACACAUCCACAUUCUUUCCCGAUUAUGAGCAAGCGCACGGCCAAGUCGCAGGCCAGCAGUGCGCGGGCGGCCUCGACGGCAUUCGGGGGCUUCGGUGCCUCCACAGCUUUCGGGGCCAGCUCGUCACAGCUGUCAUAUGUAUCAGAGCCGCCAGACCUCUCAGCCAUCUCCGACUCGAAUGUCGUCGUCUAUUUCCGCAACCUCUCCAAGAAGGACAGCACCACAAAGGCAAAGGCGCUGGAGGAUCUGCAGGCGUACCUUGCAGCACUGCAGGCGCCCGUCGAGGAGGGCUUGCUGGAGGCCUGGAUCAAGAUAUAUCCCCGCACCUCCAUAGACAACGCAAAGUCGGUGCGCCAGAAUGCACACACCGUACACGGCCAGAUGGCUGCCUCGGCCGGCAAGCGCAUCGCCAAACACAUGCCCAAGAGCGUCGCUGCGUGGCUGGGCGGCCUCUACGACACCGACCGCUCCGUGGUGGAGGCGACACAGGGCUCCCUCCGCCAAGUCUUCACCACGCCCGAGAAGGUCCAGGGCAUACGGAAGGCGUACCAGCAGCCCAUACUCGAGUACUGCAGGCAGGCCAUAGACAAGGAGAGCACCACCACGCUGAGUGACGAGCGCACAGUCAGCCCCGACGAUGCAGAGGCCAAGUACAGCCGCGUCAUAUCGGCGUGCAUUGCCCUGCUUGGGAGUUUAUUGGCCAACCUCCAGCCAGAGGAGUUGGCGAAACACCAGGCCGAGUAUGAGAGCUUGCUCGGGGACAAGACGCUGUGGGACUUUGCUGCGUACAAUGACGCGUCGAUACGACGCUCGCUGCACCGCUUCCUGAAGACAUGUCUGUCCAAGCAGCCAGACGCUGUCGCCGCGAACCUCGAGUCGAUUAGCAAGGCCUAUCUCGCCACAGCCCUCAACUCGGACCAGAUGGGCUCUAUCCACGACUACCUCGACGCAUUGACGCUGCUGACGUCGGCGCAUCCAACCGUCUGGACAGAACACUACAAGAGCAAGACCUCGGUCGACAGGCGGUUGCGACAGUUCCUCAAGAAGGGUUCACAAUUGGGUCCACGCGACUUCUGGGACCGUUUGGUGCAGUUGUUCAACGCACUGCCCAAGGAAGUCCUACCCAGCAAUGCUGCCGAUGCUGCCGAGCUCCUCGCUGCCCUGCAGGGUGGCAUUGUACGGAACGACGAAUCCAAGUUCAACCACCAGGCUGCUUUGAAGGCAUAUCUGGAGAUCGUCGCAUUGGUCAAUGAGCGCCUAUCCGACGAAGACAAGAACAAGCUUCUGGUAGAGAUGGUGCUCCCAAUAAUUGCGCAGCACUUGCAUCCCACAAUCGAAACAUCACAAUGGUCCAAACUUUCGAACGCAGCAGGACUGCUUCCAAGGGCGGUAGGUGUGCCAGGCAUGGCAGCUAUCUUGCGAGAACAAUGGCCAGAUUUCACUACAGCGCUUGUCGACGAUAUCAAGACAUCAGCUCCAGAGCAGUCCAAAGACUAUGAAAAGUCUCAGACAUCGGUCCUUCAACACGCCAACCGUUUUGCGAAUCUACAAGCGGAAGUCAUCAAGGCCGAUACAUCCUCGCAAUCAACAUACCAACAGGCAUGCUCCUCGGUCGUGGCCGAGGCACUGGGCGUGGUGAAGAACAGGAACGGAAAACCAUAUGGUGCAGCUGGUACUAUCGCGGCGAUGCUACAUUCCAACAAAUCCCUCGUAUCAGCUAGCGAGUCGGAGCAAGAAAUCGAGCGAUUCGUGCAAGAAGAGCUGCCCACGCUCAUUCUCUCACCAUCUUCCUCGUAUCUUGUGGAUAUCCUCUAUUCUUUCUCAGACUCCUCCUUCUUUAAGAGUGCGUGGAGCGCUGCACUCAAAGCCGUGUUGAAAGAGGCCGACUCACCAACGAAGACCAAGGCGCUAGAAGCACUUCUCACGUCGUCAAAAAUCCCAUCGUCUUUUGAUCUGGCGACAUCCGACCCAGAACUACAAGACUACGUCAAGACGAGCGUGCGCGAAGCGGUCGAGGGUUCGCUUGAAUGGGACUCUUUCAACCGCAUACUCCAGUCACAGGCGAAGAUCCUGUCUCCAGAGACCACAGACGACAUCUUAUCUUUUAUGACCCAGUCUUUGUCAAUCUCGCAAAAUGCGCCGCACUCGCUACAAGGUCUGCGUCAGAUCGUCAAGUCGAACCCAUCCAUGCUACGAGAGUUUCUUGCCGCCCCACAAGGCUCUAAGCUCCUCCAGAGCCUGCUUGUCGCCUCCGAGUCACCAAACGAUGAGGUUGCACAGGGAGCGUCUGCUGUCAAUGCUUCCAUUCAGACCAUCCUAUCAGCUGGAUCGGACACGAAACAAUCAAUGUUUGAUCUCAUCCGGCAAGGGCUGCGAGAGGCGACCAAGACAUCAGUCUCUGUUGAGACUCUCGUUGAUCUCGCAAAGCAAUCCGUCAAACCAGGAACUAGCUAUGACGAGAUAGCCAGCAUAUUCCCAAGCAUCGACGACUGGGACGCCGCUCUAGCGCCCUUCCUCAAUGCUGCGCCCAAGCCGUCGCUUGCCAUCACCAAUCCCCUCGGGAGUGGCGUGUAUCUCGUCAAACAACAGCAGUCUCCCUCAGAGAUACGCAAUCUAUCCCGCGACUCAGACGGUUACUCUGCCGCAUACCGCACUGCCCAAUACGCAACGAGACUUCUCACACAUCUUGGCUCGUUUGCCCGCCAGAACGUGCCCAAAGACCUUCAGGAUGCAUACCUCCGCAACAUCGCGCUCACCGUUCAGCUCGCAGACGACAACCUCGGACUUGCGGGGGCGAACGGUCUUUGGGCGGAGUAUAGUUCCGACGUAGAGGCCGACGCUAUGACUUUCAUGACUGAUGCGCAGACGUUUAUCAGGAAGGGAUUGAAGCAUUCGGCCGCGAAAUGGUCAGAAGGGCAGGAUGACUCGUCGCUAUUGACAUGGGCGGUUGAGCUGCUGGCAAAGGUCGAUGCGGAUACUUCGCCUCGUGCGUACUAUGAUGCGCGCGCUCAUAGCGUCCUUGUCGCUCAGGCGAUCGAAAUCUGUGGGUGGAAGAAUUCGCAGAACACACAGUUGCAGGACAACUUGAAAAGUGUGCGCAAGAACAAAGAAAUACUCCCACUGAUUGGCUUCCUCAAUGCUUUCAAGGAGCCUCUUGCUGCAUCCAAAUCUUGCGAGAGGAUGUGCAAUGAACUCGUUGCCGACCUCACUGGGCUCAAUAUCGAACAAAAGCCCGAGGAAGGUCUCCGCCAACUCGUGCUUCUCAACACCCUUUUCUACGGGCAAGAAGAUAUUGCGAACAGUAUCGCCAAGCAACGCCUGAUAUUCUUUGUCAAGCAUGUCAUUCCGUGGUUGCAAGACGGGAGCGUUACUGGUAGUGUCAAAGGAGAAGUGUGCCGCGCCCUGACGGUUCUGCUUCCGCUGAUGAGCGACUUGUAUGGAGAGCAUUGGGGCGAGAUCCUCAAUGCUCUGGCGGCAGCGUGGGAGAGCAACAAGAGCAUCGAUGAGGGACAGGAGGCGGGAAUAGACAGUCCAAUUCCGUUCGUACACGCUUCCCUCAAGCUGUAUGCCCAGCUUCGGACCCUCACGCAAGCCGAUGAGCCCAACGACGAUCUUCUAGAGGUCUGGAAAGAAACUGAGCAGCCCAUCGCGAACGGUCUCAUCAACCUACUCAAGCACUCGCAACACUUCCCCGACGAAUUCCAUCAACCCUUGAAGAUGGUCAACGACGUUCUUGCACGCCAGAUUUCCAAGGUUUCGCUCAAGCAUCUCGAGUCCACGGAAGAGUUGUUCCCGCUUCUGUACGUCGAGUCUCAACCAGUGCAGCAGACCGCGUUCGACAUUCUGCACAAGCAAAUCCCGGCUGCGCAGGAGCAGAUCUCAAUCGAUGCAGCGCUGGAGAAGGCGACUGCGAGGCUGCCGGAAGAACUGUUGUCCUUGAUCAUUGAUGCGCCUACUGUCGCUGCGUUGGCAGAAGUCAACUUCGACAGGAGUAUACCGCUUCAGCUGAGGGGAUAUCUGCUAAGUUGGUUGUUAGUGUUUGACCAUUUGGAACAUGCUUCCUUCAAAGUCAAGAACGACUAUGUCGAGCACAUCAAAGAAGGCGACUAUCUCCCCGGCUUACUGAACUUCACUUUCGACUUUCUGGGCCAUGCGCAUAACAAGCCCGUCGACGUCUCGAAACUGGACAUCACCACCUACGAGCCAGACGUCGAGCCACCGAAGCGAGACGUUCAAUGGCUGCUCACACACCUAUACUUCCUGUGUCUACGGCACGUGCCAAGCCUGACAAAGGCGUGGUUCAUCGACUGCAAGAGCCGAGCCACAGUCGUCACGCUCGAGCCCUGGACAGAGAAAUUCAUCUCCCCGCCCGUAAUCGCCGCCGCCCUCCACUCCGUAACCACAUGGUCCGACGCCCAAUCCGCCACCGACACCGACUCCCCCUUCGCCGUCAAAGUCGCCCCCCGCGCCCGCGAAAUAACAGCCCUCUACACCGUCGACGAGCAAACAAUGAGCAUGCGCAUCAGCCUUCCCCCCGCCUUCCCGCUCCAAAACGCCCACGUCGAAAGCCUGAACCGCGUCGCCGUCAACGAGCAGAAAUGGCAGUCCUGGCUCCGCACUAGUCUGGGCGCUAUUACCAUCUUCAACGGCAGCUUGAUCGAUGCGUUGACGACGUUUAAACGGAAUGUUGAUGGGGCUAUGAGGGGGCAGACCGAGUGCGCGAUUUGUUACUCGAUUGUGGGGAGUGAUAGAAAACUGCCGGAUAAGAGGUGUCAGACUUGUAGGAAUUUGUUUCAUGGGGGGUGUCUUUUUAAGUGGUUCAGGAGUAGUGGGGCGAGUAGUUGUCCGCUUUGUAGGAAUCCUUUUAAUUAUGGGUAGGUGGGUGGGUUCGUGCUGUGGG